CGACAAUCGACUUGAAACGUAAACAACUCUAAUUGUUGUUAUUUAAAUUGUGUUUUUGAAGGGCAACAUGACGACCAGCGCGCCUCACCCCACCUACGUAAUACUGGGCUCCGGCGGCCACACGGCGGAGAUGUGCCGGCUGACCCAGGCGCUGCUACAACAGACAGACAUCGAACAGACGGAGAAGUACCAGCCAAUUAGACUGAUCCUGGCCAACAGUGACUCAACUUCCGAGCGCCAGUUCAGGCAGAUCAUGCCGCAGGCUGCCCAGAGUGCGGAAAUCGCGAAGGUGCCGCGCAGCCGCAACGUGGGCCAAUCCUGGCUGAGCAGUAUCUUCACCAGCCUGUGGGCGCUUCUCUGGAGCUGCUAUCUGGUUUGGCGUGAUCGCCCCCAGCUGAUCCUCUGCAAUGGACCCGGCACCUGUGUGCCCUUCUGCUAUGCCGCCUACCUGUGGCGCCUCCUCGGACGCCUGCCCUCGCACUCCAGGAUCGUGUUCGUGGAGAGCUUCUGCCGCGUGGAGACGCUGUCGCUGAGCGGACGCCUGCUCCUUCCGCUGGCGGACCUCUUUGUGGUCCACUGGCCGGCGUUGGCCACGCGCUAUGUGGAUAAAAAGAACGUGCGAUAUUUUGGGCGAAUCCUGUAACAUGUUUUUAAUAAAACAAAAAAUUUUUGAAGUA